UAAACUGUGCAGUAACAGUACGUUCGUUUCCUCUUCGUCCUCCAGUCCAACAGGGAUCGCUGCUGGCUCGGAGCUCGGAGUCUCUGUCUUCCUCCCGCUGGCUCUUUGUUCGCUCCGAGACACAAAGUUCUCAUAAAGGAGGAACAUGUCCGCCGUGCAGCUACUGCGGGUGUCGGUACGUGAGCGGAUCAGCGCUGCAGCUGAAGACUUUCUGCUGCAGGUGGAGAAAGGAGGAGGAAAGGAUCAAGUCCCAGCGCUGAGAGCGAUGCUAACCGAGCGGCUAAUGGCGGCAGCUGAGGAGAUCCUCGCGGUGCUUGAGGAAACCGUGGCCGAGUACGAAGACAGAGUGGAGCAGUCCGAGCGGUCCGAGGUGGAGAUCUGCCGCCAGAGGAGGCUGCUCGAUGCCGCGAUGAAGCCGGUAGUCCGGUUGCACAGAGCAGACUUCCUGCAACUGGUGGUGAGGAAAGAAGAGGUUCCCCCUGAGCAGCAGCAGUGGAGCCCCCUUCUGGACCAGGAGGACCCAGAUCCCAACCACAAUAAAAAGGAAGAACCGUGGACUAAUCAGGAUGGACAGCAGCCUCAAGGACUGGAAGAGGCUGAUAACAAGUUCACAUUGACUCUUGUCGCUGUAAAGAGAGAAGAAGAGGAAGAGAAACAUAAAUUGUCAAAGCUUCAUCUGAGUGAGACCAAGAAGAACAGAGCGGACUGUGAAGGACCAGAACCAGCCUGGAACUCAGGUCCUGAUGGACGUUUACAACCAGGUCCUGAGGACAAGACUGAAGACUCUUCUGAGACUGACGUCAGUAAGGAUGAUUGGAUGGAGACCAUGGAACCUCAGUCUGGUUUAAUUACAAGAAAUAACAAACAGCCUCUUAUUGAUAUGGGAUGUAAGACAGAAAAGAAAACGUUUAGUUGCUCUGAGUGUGGUGAAAGAUUUACCAAAUGGGGCAACCUAAAUACACAUAUGAGGAGUCAUACAGGAAAGAAACCCUUCAGUUGCUCUGAGUGUGGUAUAACAUUUAGUCGAAAUGAAGAACUGAAAUUCCAUAUGAGCAUUCAUACCAGAGAGAAUCUAAUGAGUUGCUCUGUGUGUGGUAGAAGAUGUAGAAAAAUGUCUGAUUUAACAAGACAUAUGAGGAGUCAUACGGGAGAGAAACCGUUUAGUUGCUCUGAGUGUGGUAAAAGAUUCACAGUAGGUGGCAGUCUAAAAAAACAUAUGAGGAGUCAUACGGGAGAGAAGCCGUUUAGUUGCUCUGAGUGUGGUAAAAAAUUCAUUGUAAAUGGCAGCCUAAAACAACAUAUGAGGAGUCAUACGGGAGAGAAACCGUUUAGUUGCUCUGAGUGUGGUGAUAGAUUUACCAAAAGGGGCAACCUAAAUACACAUAUGAGGAGUCAUACGGGAGAGAAACCGUUUAGUUGCUCUGAGUGUGGUAAAAGAUUCACAGAAAGUGGCAGUCUAAAAAAACAUAUGAGGAGUCAUACGGGAGAGAAGCCGUUUAGUUGCUCUGAGUGUGGUAAAAGAUUCACUGUAAAUGACAGUCUAAAAAAACAUAUGAGGACUCAUACGGGAGAGAAACCGUUUAGUUGCUCUGAGUGUGGUGGAAGAUUUACCAUAAGGGGCAACCUAAAUACACAUAUGAGGAUUCAUACAGGAAAGAAACCCUUCAGUUGCUCUGAGUGUGGUAUAGCAUUUAGUCGAAAUGACGAACUGAAAUUCCAUAUGAGCAUUCAUACCGUGGGAAUCUAGUGAGUUGCUCUGUGUGUGGUAGAAGAUGUACAAAAAAAGUCUCAUUUAACAAAACAUAUGAGGAGUCAUACGGGAGAGAAGCCAUUUAGUUGCUCUGAGUGUGGUAAAAGAUUCACUGUAAAUGACAGCCUAAAACAUCAUAUGAGGAGUCAUACGGGAGAGAAUGAAUUAAGUUGCUCUGUGUGUGGUGAUAGAUUUACCAGAAAGUGCAUUCUAAAUAUACAUAUGAGGAGUCAUAGGGGAGAGAAACGCUUUAGUUGCUCUGAGUGUGAUGAAAGAUUUACCCAAAAGAGCAUUCUAAAUAUACAUAUGAGGAGUCAUACUGGGAGAGAAACGCUUUAGUUUCUCUGAAUGUAGUAAAACAUUUGGUCAAAAUGACGAACUGAAAUUCCAUAUGAGGAUUCAUAUCGGAUAGAAUCUAGUUAGUUCCUCUGAGUGUGGUAAGCGAUUCAGCAGACAGUCAGCUUUUUACGAGACAUAUGAGGGGUCACAGAGCUUACACAGUCACAGAGUAUGUUUGUUUAGGUUAGGCUACAUCGCGGAAAUGUUACAGGUACUGAGCAACGACAUGGUGCAAGCAUUCGAUUUAGACAGCGUCUCUCCUCAGUAGAAGGAAAACAUUCUGUUUAGCCAGACCUCAGAUAAUAUGAACGUGUUCACCGUUCAAAUUAAUUAUUGCUCAAAAAUGUGCGUUUAGUUUAUCGUUCUCGUAAAAAUGAAUGUGUUCAAAGAACGCGUUCUUUUGAACGUUUUCAUGCACAACACUGGUUUCAAGUUCAUAAAGGAAUACACACUGUCAUUGAAUAUCACUUUCAAUUUUGCAAAGUUUUGGGAAAAUUCAUUGUGAUUUAGAAGUGGAACACAGAAUGUGAAAAAUAUGAAAAUGGGCUGUUUUGGGUGUUCUCUUAGCAAAGUGUAAUCAACAAAAUAAACUUAACCAGUGGUGGAAUAAGAAUUCAGAUCAUUCACUGAAGUAAAAGUACAGAGACAGUAAAGUCAUAUUGUAUUUUAAGUAAAAGUACGAAGACAGUGAAGAAGAAAUACCCAAUAAUAAAUUCAUAGUUAACUGUUUCAAAUCGAGAAUUAAGAAUCCCUCCUUUGUCUUUUUUUAACAUUUUCAUGUCCCUAAAAAAUAUAAAUCAUUGAAUAACAAAAAAGAAUUGUGUUGAUAUUUCUUGUUUCAACUGAUUUGAUUUAUACCACUAUAUACUUUUCAUAAUGUUGUUCAUGUCUUUAUGUUUGAAAUGUUUUCGCUGCACACUAUGUAUAUGUAUGUUCUUGACUAGUUCAUAUGAUUAAAUAUGUUCGUUUUGAAUCAC